GAAUGACGCCAAGCGGGCGCCCGCGCCUGCGCGCUGUUCCCCUUCGCGGAGCUCAGAGUAAUCUCUCCCAGCGACUCGGGCUCCAGCCUGCGCCGGGUUCAAGCCGAAGAUCAUGAACCGCAGCCGCCAAGUGACCUGCGUGGCCUGGGUCCGCCGCGGCGUGGCCAAAGAGACACCAGACAAGGUAGAGCUGAGUAAAGAGGAGGUGAAACGUCUCAUUGCUGAAGCAAAAGAAAAAUUACAAGAAGAAGGCGGGAGUGAGGAGGAGGAGGAGGCAGGCAGUCCUUCAGAAGAUGGCAUGCAGAGUGCCGGGACCCAGGCACGGUGUAGGGAGCCCCCGGAGGAUGGGGACCCACAAGAUGACCGCACUCUAGAAGAUGACGAGCUGGCAGAGUAUGACUUAGACAAUUACGACGAAGAGGACAACCCAGAUGCUGAGACCAUUGGUGAGUCUCUGUUGGGUCUUACGGUCUAUGGCAGUAAUGAUCAGGAUCCAUACGUCACCCUGAAGGACACGGAACAAUAUGAGCAUGAAGAUUUCUUGAUUAAGCCGACUGACAGCCUCAUCGUUUGUGGCCGUGCUGAGCAAGACCAGUGCAAUUUGGAGGUGCACGUCUACAAUCAAGAAGAGGAGUCUUUCUAUGUCCAUCAUGAUAUACUCCUGUCUGCCUACCCUCUGAGUGUGGAGUGGCUGAAUUUUGAUCCUAGCCCAGAUGCGUCUACUGGAAAUUACAUUGCUGUGGGAAACAUGACCCCUGUCAUUGAGGUGUGGGACCUGGAUAUCGUGGACUCUCUAGAACCAGUCUUCACACUGGGAAGCAAGCUUUCCAAAAAGAAGAAGAAGAAAGGGAAGAAGGGUUCCUCAGUAGAAGGACAUACUGAUGCUGUCCUUGACCUUUCCUGGAAUAAGACAGUCAGAAAUGUGCUGGCAAGUGCAUCAGCAGAUAGCACUAUAAUUCUCUGGGAUCUGUCUGUGGGGAAGUCAGCAGCCAGGCUUACUGCUCAUACAGACAAGGUUCAGACUCUGCAGUUUCAUCCAUUUGAAGCACAGACUCUGAUUUCUGGGUCCUAUGACAAAUCGGUGGCUCUGUAUGACUGCAGAGAUCCCAGCCAGAACCACCGCCUAUGGCGGUUCAGUGGGCAGAUCGAGAGAGUGACCUGGAACCACUUCUCACCGUGUCAUUUCUUGGCCAGUACGGAUGAUGGCUUUGUAUAUAAUCUGGAUGCACGUUCAGAUAAGCCGAUUUUUACACUUAAUGCACACAACGAUGAAAUUUCUGGUCUUGAUCUGAGCAGUCAGAUCAAAGGCUGCCUUGUGACUGCUUCAGCGGACAAAUUUGUGAAGAUCUGGGACAUCUUAGGAGAUAGGCCAAGUCUCAUUCAUUCUAGAGACAUGAAAAUGGGAGUACUCUUUUGUUCUUCAUGCUGUCCUGACUUGCCAUUUGUUUAUGCCUUUGGAGGACAGAAAGAAGGGCUUCGGGUUUGGGACAUAAGCACUGUCUCUUCAGUAAAUGAAGCAUUUGGCAGACGGGAGAGACUGGUUCUUGGCAGCACAAAAGGUUCAUCCGUCAGUGGUCCCUGUGGGAGCAGGAGCCCACAGACACCAAUGGAGUCCUGACAAAGACCACAGUUUCCUAGUGUUCUUAACUCACUUUCAAAAAGCUGGCCUAAAAAUGUUCAUGCGUACCUAUAACCAUAGAUGGAAAUUCAGUUCCUGUUGCCAUUCCUCUCCACAGCUUUGAUGGCAGUCUGCAACCUUUGGGCUGCCUUCAACUGGAUACUGUACAGAGUUCUUGCAUUUCUUGAAAAUAAAAAGUUUUUUUUAAAAAAUGAUUCCUUAAACAGAUCUAGGAACUGUAGGUUUAUAAGAUACAUAGUAACUUAAGAGUUUUUGAGGCGGGUCUUGCUGUGUUAGCCAAGCUGGUGUGGUGGCUCGUGCUUGUCCCAGCCCUGCGAAGGAGGGAGAUGGGCAAAUUCCUAGGACCCAUGACCAGCCUAGCCUGGCCUUACUCAGCCAUCCACCUGCCUCCCAAUUCCCAGGAUAGGAUUACCUAUAUGCAUGGUGGGUUCUAGAAUCGAAUUCAGGCCCUUGUUGUUAUAAAUCAAACAUUUCACUGACUGAGCAGUCUCCCUGGCCCAUUGUUUUUAAAAUGUGAUCACCUUUUGAAUAUUAAUCGUAUUUUGACAAUGCUACCACUUUUUGGUUAUAAACUUACAUGUUUUUAAAAUGUCAAUAUUUUAAAAAUGGGGGUUUUAUUCAUACAAUUUUCUAUGAUCAAAAUAUUUUACUAAAUAGACACCAAACUGUCAGAGUAAUAUUCUAUAACCUUGUUAGUCUUGGUUCCAGUAAAUUCUCUGUCCAGUUACUUCAAAUAAACUUCAAUUUGUCAAGCCCAUAAAGCACUCUGGAGUUGGAGGUCCAAAGGUAGCAAUCUCACACCGCUCACUUAGUCACUCGGCCUCACAGAGGGGCUGUCCACUCACUCCUCCCAGACUUCACCAACUGCUAAGCCGAUUUCCAGGUUUUAUGUUAAUAGUUUUUUUGAAGUAAUGCAGUAAACUGUUCCAUUUGUCAUUGAAAUUCACCUCACUUUUACUUCAUUCUGUAUUUUCAGAAUGCCAGGACAGUUCUCAAGUGUGACCAGAACUUAUUUGAUCAUUAUAAGCUUCCAAAGUAGGAAUAGAACCACCCAAGUGGUUAAAUUUGUUUCCCCACACAGUGACUCUUGUUGGGAAAGCAUGAGAUACAGAGUCUGAUUGACAUUUAUCUAAUUCUGCAUCUUAAAAACUACCCUCCUGUCAGGCUUUCCUAAGAGCCUACAAGUUGUUUUUGUGAAAAUAAAAUUAACAUGUAGUGAAGACGUAAUGUAAUUUCUCUUCUUAGCAAUUACGUUGGCUUUGAGCUUGAAAUUAAAUUUCCUGGUUCCACCCUGUA